GUUCUUUGACAAAGUAGCAGAGAAAAACAAGGUGGACCGCAGUGCAGGAAACGAGACUCCGAGGUUCUGUCUUGACCAAAGGGAGGAAAAGUUGGACCGAAGGGCAGGUGGACGAGGAGACGAGACGCCGAGGUUCCAUCUGGAAAAGCUGGAAAGCGUGCUCAGUGAGGAUUCGGAGGAGGGUAAGCUGCAAAAUGCACCACCACAGGACGAGAGUAACGCACUCAUCGGUCCGGUUCUCCAAGUAGUUCAGCCGGUUGUCGCCGCGAUGAACAAUAUUGCAGCUGGUGUUUUCCUCGACGAGGGUAAGGGUUUGAAGCAAAGAGAAUCUUCUACUUCGCUCGAAGUGGAACCGGCCCGACGCAACCUUUUUCCUCCAGCAGCGCGAAAAUCGGGCUCCGCACUCAAUGAAGAUGAAGCGACGUCUAUCCUAUGUAAAAACGUACCCACACCAGAGUUGUCAUGCAGAUUUGCAAGCACAAGAGCAUUUGUAAUGCGCAUCCCCAUGAGAGACAUUGCCCAUCGUGUUUUGGAACUUGUAAUGCUGUAAACAGGAUAAGGAGACGGAUUUGUUAUGCGGCGUCCCUUGCUAAGCUGCACUACACUACAGUCUGCAACUUGUCAUGCGAGACUCCCAAAAGGUCUAGGUUUGUGUUGCAAAAUCCCCAUCUUGACUAUGGUGUGGGGACGUUUUUACAAAUGAUAACGUCAGAGAAUCUUCAAAGUGGAGCAAAUAAAAUGUCAGGUGCAGGAGCUCUAGCACAACGUCCAGAAACUAGUCUGGAACAUCAAACCACAGCAAAGCCCCGGCCCCUACUGCCGAAGAAGAAGAUGCUACAGCUCCCUCCAGUGGUAAACAAAACCUUCUUUGACGAUGUCUGCGCGGCUCCAC